AAGAAAAAAAAAGGAUAAUGGGGAAUUACAGGGUCUGCUGUUGUUUCACUAGGAAGUUCAAGGUUACGCAACCGGAACCACCCUCUGAUGUCAAAGAAGCAUUCAACAGGUACUCCAACGAUGGGGUCCAUAUGACGGCGGAUCAUCUUCGGCGGUUUCUAGAGGAGUAUCAGGGCGGUGAUGGGCACGCCGUUUCGAUUUCGGAUGCUGAGCGUAUAGUGGAGCAGAUACUUCACAAGCGCCACCAUCUUGCCAAGUUUAUUCACAGGAAGGCUCUCUCUUUAGAGGAUUUUCAUCAUUUCCUCUUCAGCACCGAGCUUAAUCCCGCUAUUAGAUCUCAGGUUCACCAAGAUAUGACUGCUCCCUUAUCUCAUUACUUCAUAUACACGGGCCACAAUUCAUACUUGACUGGGAACCAGUUAAGUAGUAAUUGCAGUGAAGUACCGAUCAUCAAAGCACUCAAGCGAGGUGUGAGAGUCAUAGAACUUGAUCUAUGGCCAAGUUCAUCAAAAGCUAAUGUGCAUGUACUUCAUGGAAGAACCCUGACAACUCCUGUAGAACUUAUGAGGUGCUUGAAAUCAAUCAAAGAGUAUGCCUUCACGACCUCUCCUUAUCCAGUCAUUAUAACGUUGGAAGACCACCUCACACCUGAUCUUCAAGCGAAAGUAGCUCAGAUUGUAACUGAAACAUUUGGGUCGAUGCUAUUUUUCCCCGAAUCAGAAAAGUUGGAAGAACUUCCGACACCCGAGAGCUUGAAGUAUAAGAUUCUGAUUUCAACCAAACCUCCAAAAGAGUACCUUGAAACUGAAGAUGACAAGCAUUGUAGCUUACAAAAAGGCAAAGAUUCUGAUGAUGAUGAUGAUACUUGGAGUGAAGAGCCUUCAAGGGAUGUAUCCUAUGAAGAUAAAAGUUUUAAGUCAGGAAGUGAUAGGAGCGACCAUGAUGCUGAAGAUUUGGAACAGGGAAAGAAAUCACCUUCAUCUCCUGCUUACAAGCGUCUGAUUGCAAUUCAUGCUGGCAAACCGAAAGGUGGACUAAAGGAUGCACUGAAAGUUGAAAAGGAUAAAGUUAGGCGCCUAAGUUUGUCAGAACAGGCACUUGAAAAGGCUGCAGAAAAUCAUGAAGAGGAUGUAGUGAGGUUCACCCAGAAGAAUAUUCUUAGGAUUUAUCCCAAAGGAACGCGUAUUACGUCCUCAAAUUACAAGCCACUAGUUGGUUGGUUACAUGGAUCUCAGAUGGUUGCAUUCAAUAUGCAGGGAUAUGGUAGAUCACUCUGGUUAAUGCAUGGAAUGUUCAGAGCUAAUGGAGGUUGUGGGUAUGUGAAAAAACCAGAUUUUUUGAUGAGACGUGGGCCCAAGAAUGAGGUGUUUAAUCCUAAAGCAAAGCUUCCAGCCAAGAAAACUUUAAAGGUGAAAAUUUAUAUGGGAGAUGGAUGGCAUUUGGAUUUUAAGAAAACUCAUUUCGACACCUACUCUCCACCGGAUUUCUACACCAGGGUCGGUAUAGCUGGAGCACCUGUUGAUAAGAAAAUGAGAAAGACCAAGAUAAAGGAGGACGAUUGGACGCCUGUUUGGAAUGAAGAGUUUACAUUUCCAUUGACAGUUCCUGAAUUAGCUUUACUUCGAAUUGAAGUACGUGAAUACAACAUGUCCGAGAAAAAUGAUUUUGCUGGCCAAACUUGUCUGCCUGUUUCAGAGUUGAGGCCAGGAAUCCAUGCAAUUCCACUCUGUAACCGCAAAGGAGACCAAUACACAUCAGCAAGGUUACUCAUGCGGUUCGAGUUCAUCUAAAACAUGCAUUACCAAUCUCAUUUUCUAGUUUAUAUGCACUUAGAUUAGCUCAUUAUUCAUUUUUAGAGUCGGGUUUGGGAUGCGCUUCGUGUACAUAAUUUUGUUGUUGCGAUUGUGACUUAUCUGUCAUCAUUUGUUGUAGAAAAGAGCUGUAAUCUUUCAUUUUUGAGAUAGAACCU